UCUCCCUCUUUGCGCCGGCAACACCACAAAUAAUAAUAAUAAAAAAAAGAGGCUCAGUUUCGUCGCCUUUGCACCGAGGUCCCAGGAUUCUUGAGCUGAGCCCAGCUGACAAGCUUUUGAAGAUGGCACAAUAACAGUCCAGUGAUGCCUGACCAUGACAGCACAGCCCUCUUAAGCAGGCAAACCAAGAGAAGAAGAGUUGACAUUGGAGUGAAAAGGACGGUAGGGACAGCAUCUGCAUUUUUUGCAAAGGCAAGAGCGACGAUUUUUAGUGCCAUGAAUCCCCAAGGUUCAGAGCAGGAUGUUGAGUAUUCAGUGGUGCAGCAUGCAGAUGGGGAAAAGUCAAAUGUACUCCGCAAGCUGCUGAAGAGGGCGAACUCGUAUGAAGAUGCCAUGAUGCCUUUUCCAGGAGCAACCAUAAUUUCCCAGCUGUUGAAAAAUAACAUGAACAAAAAUGGUGGCACCGAGCCCAGUUUCCAAGCCAGCGGUCUCUCUAGUACAGGCUCAGAAGUACAUCAGGAGGAUGUAUGCAGCAACUCUUCAAGAGACAGCCCCCAAGAGUGUCUUUCCCCUUUUGGCAGGCCUACUAUGAGCCAGUUUGAUGUGGAUCGGUUAUGUGAUGAGCACCUGAGAGCUAAGCGCGCUCGGGUUGAGAAUAUAAUCCGGGGUAUGAGCCAUUCCCCCAGCGUGGCGUUAAGGGGCAAUGAAAAUGAAAGAGAAAUAGCUCCACAGUCCGUGAGUCCCCGAGAAAGUUACAGAGAAAACAAACGCAAGCAAAAGCUGCCRCAGCAGCAGCAGCAGAGUUUCCAGCAGCUGGUUUCGGCGAGGAAGGAGCAGAAGCGCGAGGAGCGCAGACAGCUGAAGCAGCAGCUGGAGGACAUGCAGAAACAGCUGCGCCAGCUGCAGGAGAAGUUCUACCAAAUCUACGACAGCACCGACUCCGAAAAUGAUGAAGAUGGCAACCUGUCUGAAGACAGCAUGCGCUCCGAAACCAUGGAUGCAAGGGCAGGCGACUCCGUUGGCCGCUCGGACAACGAGAUGUGCGAGCUGGACCCGGGGCAGUUCAUCGACCGGGCCCGUGCCCUCAUCAGGGAGCAAGAGAUCGCAGAGAACAAGCCCAAAAGAGAAGGUCCCAAGGAAAAGGAGCAAGGGCCAAAUUCUUUCCAUCCCGAAGGCAAACAUUUGGCCGAGACACUGAAACAGGAACUGAACACGGCCAUGUCCCAGGUUGUGGACACAGUGGUUAAAGUUUUCUCAUCCAAGCCCUCCCGCCAGCUUCCUCAGGUCUUCCCACCUCUGCAGAUCCCUCAAGCCAGAUUUGCCGUGAACGGCGAGAACCACAACUUCCACACGGCCAACCAGCGCCUGCAGUGCUUUGGGGACGUCAUCAUCCCCAACCCCCUGGACACCUUUGGUGGCGUGCAGAUGCCCAGCGCCACCGACCAAACCGAGGCGCUGCCCCUUGUCGUCCGCAAAAACUCAUCCGACCAAUCGGCCUCGGCGCCGCCGCCCGGGGGCCACCACGCCUCCCUCCACCAGUCCCCGCUGUCGGCCACGGCGGGCUUCUCCACCUCCUCCUUCCGCCAUCCCUUCCCGCUGCCCCUCAUGGCCUACCCUUUCCAGAGCCCGCUGGGCGCCCCAUCAGCCUCCUUCCCAGGAAAGGAGCGUGCCUCCCCUGAAUCCCUCGACCUGACUCGCGAGACCACGAGUCUGAGGACCAAGAUGUCAUCGCACCACAUGAACCACCACCCUUGCUCGCCAGCACACCCGCCCAGCGCCGCCGAAGGGCUCUCCUUGUCUCUCAUAAAGUCCGAGUGCGGCGACCUCCAAGACAUGUCUGAAAUCUCACCUUACUCGGGAAGUGCAAUGCAGGAAGGCUUGUCACCGAAUCACUUGAAAAAGGCCAAGCUCAUGUUCUUUUAUACCCGGUACCCAAGUUCCAAUAUGCUGAAAACCUACUUCUCAGAUGUAAAGUUCAACAGAUGCAUUACCUCUCAGCUCAUCAAGUGGUUUAGCAAUUUCCGUGAGUUUUACUACAUUCAGAUGGAGAAGUAUGCACGGCAAGCCAUCAACGACGGGGUCACGAGCACUGAGGAGCUGUCUAUAACCAGAGACUGUGAGCUCUACAGGGCCCUGAACAUGCACUACAAUAAAGCAAAUGAUUUUGAGGUUCCAGAGAGAUUCCUGGAAGUGGCUCAGAUCACGUUACGGGAGUUUUUCAAUGCCAUUAUCGCAGGCAAAGAUGUUGAUCCUUCCUGGAAGAAGGCCAUAUACAAGGUCAUCUGUAAGCUGGACAGUGAGGUCCCCGAGAUUUUCAAAUCCCCCAACUGCCUACAAGAGCUUCUUCAUGAGUAGAGAGUUCAGCAGCUAUUUAUGAAUGUAUGAAAGUAGCAGUCCCCUUCUGAUGCCCAAGUCAUGUGUGUCUCUAUUUUAAUUUCAUAUAUAUGUGUAUCACAUACAUAUAUAUGUAUAUGAAAUUAGACUGUGAUCCCUGCCGGGUUUAUCUUUAAGUUUUUGUUCGGUUCCAAGGGGAUAGUUGUUUUACUUCAGCCUUUGGUUUACUUUUGCCCAAGACCCUUAACAUUUGGAGAAUAAAUGGGUUAAUUUUCAGGGAGAAGAAUUUGGAAGCGUGUAAAAGCCUGUCUUAGCAAGUUAGGGCAUUAUGUUUUAAAAUGCUUUGUCAGAUUUAUUGCUUGCUGCAAAGUGGCAUUUUGUCUUAGUGAGACUAAUGUCAUGGCACAAUACUACAGACAAUGAAGUUUAUAUUGUUUAUACUGCUAAAGGUCUGAACUCUGUGGAGUCACUUCAUAAGCUUGGAGCUUUUUUAUUUUAUAUACUUUUUAACCAAUAAAUAGAUUUUGUUUCAUACUUCCAAAAAAAAAAAAAAAAAACCAAAAAAACUACAACAACAACAUCUAUUUUAGGUACUCACUCCAAGAAGUGAUACCCAAAAAAGCAAAGCUUGUUCUUCAUGCUUUCCAUACGGGAACAGUGAAUACCCUGCACCAGUAAUCAACAUGYCAGGUUGCUGUUUUUCUAAAUUGCAGCAAGGCAAGUUUGUACAAAUCCACUACUAUUCUUGCAGGGUAAGGCCAGUAAAUCAUGCACAAUAUUGGAACAACCACACUAAUUUUAUAAUAUGGU